CCCUGCCCACAUGGCCAUGGUAUGGUUAAUUCACUUGUGAGAGUUAGUUGCCUUCUCGAAGACUACUAAAACACGAUGAUGUUGAUGUUUUGAGAUGUGACUGAGUCUGAGAGUGAUAUCUCCUUGGAUCGAGAUGAGCCGAGCUUAGCUGAACUGACAACUUUAUAGGACAGGAAUAAGGAAUGACAAAUUAACAUCGCAUCGGGAAGUUGUCAAUCUUGAAAACCAGCUUUAAAUGCGAGAUCUCGACCAGAUUCUGGCUAUAUAGUAUUUGGAAAUGAAUACCAAAGAGAAGCAAUGCUUGCAGUCUGUGCACGACCUGAUAUUGCGAGAUGUACGUGCUUGUGAUGUCCAAGACUACCUCUUUGAGACCAGUGUUUUAACUUUAGAUGACCUGACUUCAUUAGAAGAGGAGAAAAACCCAAAGAAACAACUUGAGAUGGUACUUGAGUGGGUGAAUGACAGACCUGAUUCUUUUCAGCACUUCUCAGAUGCUUUGCGAGACAGACAUCCAUAUAUCCUUCAAGAAAUGGAAAAGGCACAAGUUUCAUCUUUUGGCCGCAUUUCUUCUGCUUCUCAGCAGCCUGUUUGUCCCACCAAAAACUAUGAGAUUAUCGGUGAUGGAAACUUUGUUGUUGCUGAGUCUGAAAAUACAAGAGUUCACAUGAAGAGAAGAGAUGUUCCUACUGCAGGCCUUGCGGGACCGGAGCCAAGUUGAUAAAGGAUUUUAUGUUUCCGACAUCUAUCUGCUCGUUGUCUCACCUGAAGAAUGUUCAUCAGGGUCCCAUCUUACAAAGAGUUGUGAUUGAUCCGAUGAACCUAAACUGUAUGGCAAUCUAUCAUUGUCAUAAUUUUUCCUAACAUAAAUGAAAUGUUGUUUUGUAAACAAAGCGGAGCAUACUGAAUUGUCAAGAAAAUGAUGAUCCUAUGAUUAUAGCUACAUCACAUCU